AUGUCGAAAAUUGCAAUCAUUGCCGGCGCAGGACCCGGAACGGGCGCCGCUAUCGCUCGCCGCUUUGCUCAAGUUUACCCUGUGAUCCUUCUUUCUCGAUCGGAACACACGUUGAAUCCUCUGGUCAAGGACAUCAAGCACAAUGGCGGUUCUGCCGUCGGAAUUCCCACAGAUGUCGCAAGUAUUCCAAGCAUGGACUCUACGUUGGAACAAAUCAAGUCCAAUUUCGGUCCUGACCUUACGAUUGCAGCGGCAAUCUUCAAUGUCGCGAGCAAAUUCUCGAUGAAACCAUUUCUAGAACAAAGCCCCGAACAAUUCUUUGGGAGCAUAGAACCGGCCGUUAUGGGUGCAUUCAACUUUGCCCAGGCCACAUUACCGUUCAUGUUACAUGGAAAUAAGGACCGGUAUUCACCGACCCUCAUCUUCACCGGUGCUACAGCUGCACUCAAAGGUAGCUCUGGGCUUUCCGCGUUCGCCGCCAGCAAGUUUGGAACCCGCGCCAUGGCGCAGUCUCUGGCGCGUGAAUUCGGACCCAAGGGUGUUCAUGUCUCCCAUGCGAUUAUUGACGGGAUCAUCAACACAGAGAUGACUAAAGGCUUCGGCCAGGAUAUUCCAGAUGCAAAGAUCGAGCCACAGGGAAUUGCGGAUACUUACUGGCACUUGCACACCCAGCCCCGAAGUGCAUUUACUCAUGAGAUUGAUAUCAGACCUUACUCAGAGAAAUGGUGA